GUGUGACUCUGUGAAAUCCUGCGCUCCUGAACGCACCUCGCGGAACCCGGCAGUGUGUCGUCAUUGGCAACAACAAACCCACCUGGACGCAGCGGAGCGGCUCAGCGGCGGCUGGUGUCUCUGCUCCGGUGACAGCCGGCUGCAUACCAUGAAUAAACCGACAGAGGGAAGCGCAAACGUGUAACCGAGCUCGUUUCCUCGGUUUUCGCCGGCGAACGGCUCAAAUAUUCCCUCUUCCAGGCGUCCUCCCCCCGCCAUGUUAGCUUAGCUUGCUAGCAGUCAGUUUGUAGAUGGGAGAGCUGUUCCUCUUUACCAGAAGGGUCAGUUCUGCUUUCAGAGGCUGACCUAGCGGAGCAUAAAUCGCCGGAGAGUUUCCGUACAACGCUCACACAGACGGACAUGGAGCCCCCCGUGGCUACAGGCUGCGUGAACAUCGGCAGUCUGACCAGCACCUUGUCGGAGAUCCCGUACCAGAAGCUGACGGACCUGUACUACCUGAGCAGAGGCGGCUUCGGCACCGUGUUCAAGGCGCAGCACUCCGACUGGAGGACCACUGUGGCCAUCAAGUGCCUCAAGCUCGACUCACCCUUUGGAGAAAGAGAGAGAAACUGCCUGCUGAAGGAGGCAGAGGUGCUUCACAAAGCCAGAUUCAAUUACAUCAUCCAGAUCUUUGGCAUCUGCAACGAGCCCGAGUUCUUCUGCAUAGUCACUGAGUUCAUGAGCAAUGGCUCUCUGGAUCUGCUGCUCCACGAGAAAGACAUGUACCCUGUUCUUGCCUGGCCUUUGCGCCUGAGGAUUUUGUAUGAAAUCGCCCUCGGGGUGAAUUUCCUUCACAACAUGAACCCACCUCUCUUACAUCACGACCUGAAGACACAGAACAUACUGCUGGAUGGCGAAUUUCAUGUGAAGAUUGCCGACUUUGGUCUUUCAAAGUGGCGGCAGCUGUCUGUCAGUAAAGGCUCGGGGUCCAAGACCACAGAGAUGGGCGGCACAGUGAUCUACAUGCCCCCUGAAGAGUACGACCCGUCCAAGAGCCGCCGGGCUGACGUGAAACAUGACAUGUACAGCUAUGCCAUCAUUAUGUGGGAGGUGCUGUCCAGGCAGAUACCGUUUGAAGAUGUGACCAACCCGAUGCAGAUCAUGUUCAGUGUGCUGCGAGGGACACGUCCUGACACCAGCCUGGACAGUCUGUCCGCCGACAUCCCCAGCAGAGAAACUCUCAUCAGCCUCAUGACCUGCGGCUGGACCGCUAACCCCGAUGACCGACCCUCCUUCCUCAAGUGUCUAAUUGAGCUGGAACCCAUGGUGAGGAAGUUUGAUGAAAUAGACUUCCUGGAGGCUGUGCUGGAGAUCAAGAAAUCUAAGCUGAGGCAGAGAUCAGGCUGUUGUUCAGCUCAGAACGUGUGUGAAAAGAGGAGUGAUGAGGCGUCUCUGAACAUGCUGAAGGACAGAUCCAGCCCAUGGCAGGAGAACUCCAAUUCAGGCUCAGGGUCUUGUUCCUCCCAGGACACAGACAUUUCUCUGCCGGGCGUCCUCACCAGCAUCAAUCCUGCACCCUCUAAACAGGGGCUUCCAUCAUCAUUCAUAGCUCCUACUCUGGAGCCUCCAGCCUCUUUGAUAGACAACUGCGCAGUCAACAAUCUGAACGGCUACCAGAGUGCCAGACCCAUGAAUGAUUUAAACAUUCCCAUCAAACCUGGCCUGCCCGCCACUGAAUGUGAGACACUGCUGGAUAACCUCACCCUCAAGCCUCAGCCUCAGCAGCAAGUAAAUUACUCUCCUCCACUGGGAGACUUCCCUCCUUCACAAGGCCCCAUCUCUCACUGGAUUGCAUUACGACGUGAGAAGAUCGUCUCCCAGAUGACAGAAGCUUGCCUGAACCAGAGCCUGGACGCCCUACUGGCCCGCGACAUGCUGAUGCGAGAGGAUUACGAACUGGUGGUUAACCAGCCGACGCGCACCGCAAAGGUCCGCCAGCUUCUGGACAACUGUUACAGACACAACGAAGACUUCUGCCGCAUCGUCGUCCGCAAGCUGUACGACAACAAGCAGAACGGCCUGCAGCCGUACCCGCCUGAAAUCAGCUCCCCGACCACGGCUUUCAUCCCCAGCGCACCACCGCUGUCCAUGUCCUGCAGCUUCCCCAGGAAUGUGUAGCAGCAGGCACAGAACAAUGGAAAAACUCCAGAUUAUAGACAGUGCCAACUUGACACUACACUUAACUCUUACUGGUUCCAUUGUCAUCAAGAGGGUGUUUGUGGUUUCUGUCGGCCUUUCCCCCUCGAAAACACUGAAGAACGGGUGUUCGAGCAAAAAGAGUUGCAAGUACAAAACUUAAGUUCAUAUCCAAACAUCAACCAGAGAUUUAAAGGUUGUAUUCUGUAUGAUCAGAAUCAAAAGAUUUCAACUGAAUCAGUGAUUUUAUUUAAUGUGGCAAUUUAUUUAUAUUCCUCUAUUCUGGGUGGAUGGAUUGCAGGAUUUCACCCAUUUUGGUAUGUUAUGCUUUAUGUCUCCAGCACUGUUACCUUUAUGUAGCUCGGUUGUUUUUGUUUUAUUUGUGUGUGUGUGUGGCAACCUCCUCAAUACAUUCACUUUAUCUGAGUGGCAGGAGGACUGUUAACAUGCUGGAAAAACUCCAGUAAAAAUAAGGUUCAUUCUUAUUAUAGCAAUCCUAAAGUAUCAUGUAUUCAUGGGUUAACUGUCCUGAGUGAAGUGAGUUUGAGCCCCGACCCAGAGCGUCUCAACACUGAAUCAGCAGGAAAACGCAUAGUCACUUUAAAUAUUUGUUCUUGAGCAGCGUCACGUAACUCAUCUCAAGUGUUCGAAGUCAUGUGACUGCAUGGAAAGUUUUUGUCCCCGUCCAGGCUCUUUCUCCUCCUCCUCCCCUAUUUAUUGCUGAGCUAAAGAGAGUCUCUGGGUCAUGGAGUAAAGAGGAAGCUGAGAUUGUAAUAUAAUACCCAGACGGAGAGCGUCGUGUUCGUGUCUAGAUUAAAAGUUGACCAAGAUGAUCUGAUUUCUUUCAGUCUGCUCAGCAACGACCUCACCUCUCAGUAUUCUUCAUAACGUCCACCUAAGAUGCUUUAGGCUUAUCUGAAUACUUCCACAGUUCCUGUUCUUCCAUAGACUCUGAGCUGAGAUUGCAAAAUAGUUUUUCUUUUACACUUUUGAUCCUACUGAGCUGCUCAGCAGAAGCACAAGUGAAGUGAAACUAAAAAUCCAACCGGCUUUGCUUGUAGCAAAUCUUUAGCUGACCUGCACUAUACAGAAGCUCUAAGCUGUUUAUUACUCUAUUGUCAAAACUUUUUCUACUGCAGCUGUGCUCAAAAAGGCAGCAACGUGUUUAUAAAAUCAUUUUCUCUCUGUCAGACAGUCAGUUGGUAAAACUGAGCAAGGCGUAAUACUGUUAAAUUCAAGAUAAUACAUAUAUUCAUAUAAGAAAGUAGCAGCAGUUUAUCUGCCUGAAGGUUUGUUAUUACUUCAUUCAUACACAUAGCAUAUAUAUUUUUCAAUUUUCUCAUUGUAAGUGAAUGCUUGGUCUCCUUUUUAUUAACAUUUGUGCGCGAGUGUGUUUGUGUUUACGCUUUCAGAGGGGCUUCGACUAUUAUCGAUUACUUGGAUGACAGAAAAUGAUGAAGAAAAAAUUUCCCAAAGUUGCAUCUUAACUUUUUCUAUUUGUCUCAACAGAAGUUCAAAAUCUAAAGAUUACCAAUUUAAAAUAUCUAGUUUUGUUCAUCAGAUUAAUGGAGUUCUUUCAGCCCCGGUGUGUCUGUUGCAUAUAGUUUCCAUCAAAGGCCUUACUGUCUUCAUCACUGCCUUCACGUUCUCAAACAGGUGCUUAUAUUGCAAUAUAGUAGCUCUCAUCUAUACAUCUGUCACAGAAUAGCAUUCGUCUUGUUCCCAUUUCUAUAAAUAAAUGUACUUCACUCUCUCAUCGUGUUGAUCUAAAGGUUCUGCAUAACUCAGUCCAAAGUAAGCAACGGUUCAAUCUAGGCCUUGCUCCGAGGAAAUGAGUUGCAGCAGACCAUUCUUAGUGAGACACUGUUACAGAAAAUUGUGUACGAUGAUAAAAAGCCGUUUAAAUGACAACAGAGAGGCCGAGCAAGGUGGAUAUGCUUCCAUAUGUUGGACUUGUAUUGCCUUGUCUUUGAUAACUGUGCCUCAUAUUCCGCUUUUGGUCUCAACUCCAGUAACGUGCAAAAGCCUUUUUACACACAUAUCAAGCGAAACUGAGUAAAAAACUGCUACGAGUUUGAAUACGUUGUAACAUAUUUUGUACCGUAGAUGAUAGUUUCAUCUUUUUUAUAUAUAUAUAUUUUCAUCUGUGAUCUAUUGUUUGAAAACUCAUGCACUGUUUUUGUGAAGCGUUCAUUUGAUAUUCGUAGAAAUGCCUUCCGUAAAAUAACUAGACAUGGGCACCUAAUUUGGUGCCCAUGUCAUUAUCAGUGUCAGUUAAUUAAAAGGUAAAUAUGUGUUUAAACAAAGUUCAGUUGAUGUGUAGCUGUGGUUUCAGUCGGAAGUAGGAUUUUUCAAAUAUUGUAUCAAACUCUUCAUUAAAAUGAGUUCUCUGUUUUUA